AGUCUUACUUCAUAAUUUCCAGUGUGGUGUGGGUUAUACAGCAAUGAUGUUUUAAAAAUAUUCGAUAUAGACGAAUUGUAUUGCAGAAUGUCAAGUAGAGAUGGAGGGUACAGAUACUAUAGAUCGAUAUAAACCAGCUCAUGGAUUCUCAACAUUACCUUAUCGACAUAGAGUGGAUUCCCCACAAAAACAAAUAUCUUUUAUGUCUGUUUCAUCUACGGAGUCGGGUCCCGAUACAUUCAAUGCAAGCCAAGAUACAGUGGAUGCUGUACCACUACGUAUACAAAAAAUGCCUUUGUUUCCGGACGAUUAUAGCAAACAACGUCAAGCUUCUGUAGAAAAUCUUCUCGCCAAUAAACCUACAAAUAUGUCAAGUGAAUCGAAGCACUCUGGUCAGCCUCAAUUAGUCGGUGAAAAAAUAGGUUCCUACAUCCCCUCUUCCGCUUCAGGCAAUCUUGAUCCUGAUCCGUAUUCGUAUUUUGAAAUGCAACAACAAGGUCUCAUGCCUAAGAGUUUUCUGGAUGUACAUAAAAAAUCUGUGGAUCCAAAUUCUGAUUGUCACAUCCCACAGAAAAAUAAUGACAAGGAACUUCACAUGUUGAAUUCUGGUGUUGAAGGUGAUACAUGCAAUGUAAAAAAAGGUGCAGGUGGAUCUACUUCAACAAAAAACACCAAUAAUCACAGCACUCACGAUAAUGGAUUUCAGCAAUCAGGAACUUCUUCAAGGCAGAUGGGAACCACGGAAACUGAUCUUUCUGUUAAUCGACCGCAGAGACCAGUUUUUAAUCAAGGACUUCAGAAACACGAAGAUCGUGCAAUUGAAAACCAACCGACUGCUCCUAUAUCUACUCCACCGACGCAUACAAGAGGACGUGAUGAAACUCAAAAACCUACUGGGUGUUGCCAAAAUACUUGUAUCAAACUGUGUUGCGCAUUAUUUAACUGGAAACAUAUAUUUGAUAGAUUUUCUAUGUGGGAUUGUGUUAUGACAUUGGUUUCUGUAUCCAUAUUCAUUUUUGAUGUCGUCACUGAUUUGAUUCUCGCUUUGAAAUAUUAUUCAAAAAUAGAAGAAAAUGAAGCAUAUCGAUUUUAUUUUGGACUCACUCUGGGAUUAGUUAUUGGUCCGUCCAUCGUAAUACAGAUGUUUUCAUUUGGUUGGGUUAUAAUUGAUUUUGUAUCAAAGAAAAAACGGAUGGAGGAAAAUACAAAAAAGAAGCAAAAAUGUGAAAUUAAAGAUGUGAUUACACUUUUAUUCAGCUUUAUUAUCCACUUUUUUCAAUUAGCUAUUUUUUACAGGUAUGCACACGGUAUCAUUUAUGGAAUGAAAUCACGUUAUUAUGAGGUCCAGACAAAAAUAUGUCCAAAGCGUGAGCAACAGAAGAAUGAGCGAAUAAGAAAACAUUAUGAUCAUAUGUGGAGAUAUGAAGUCCAUGAUAUUUCCAUGUUGCGAUUACUGGAAUCAUUCUUGGAAUCUGCUCCUCAACUUGUACUUCAGUUAUAUAUUAUGCUGAUGACUAAAAAUCUUAAUGUAGUGGCAGUUGUAUCUUGUGUUGGAUCACUUCUUGCAUUAUCUACAAUGAUGGUAACAAUACAACGUGCAAUCCGAAAUUCUAACCAUAAGAAAAAUCAACUAUCAAUACCAGCUAGUAUCGUCAUGUUUUGUUGGAGAGCCUUCACAAUUUCAUCCAGAGUUCUUGCAUUUGCAUUGUUCCUCACAAUACAGCCAUUGGCAUUCCUUAUAUUCAUUAUUAUGCACUGGGUGGCUGCUACAAUAUGGAUUGCUGUAAGAGGAACAGAUUUUUGUCCUAAGAAAAUUGCAGAGUAUUUAUUCAAUGGUAUUUGUGGUAUUAUCUACAUAUUUUGCUUCUUCAAUGUACAUGAAGAAAAGGACGGUAGAAAUUCUCGAUCAAGAUGGAGGAUGCUGAUAUUUUACCUUGUCGUGUUUGCCGAAAACUCAAUUUUUUCCAUUUUAUGGUACUUCUUUAGACCUGGCGGUGAUACUAAAUUACCUUCAUGGAAAGAACUGAUGUCGAGCGGAAUUUUAUCUAGUUCUGAAACUCUUCAACCCACCCCGCCAUCUCUGAUCCCAACUAAAAGUGCAGGGGUUAUUCAAAUGGGACAUGCAUUGCUCCUCAUUGUUGCGGUACAUCUAUUUUACAUACUGGGAUUAACAUUCAUGUUACUAUAUUAUUUCGCUUUACAUCCUAAAAAAUCUUCAGAAAAUUGUUGUCUUGCUUCAGAAACUGAAAAUACUACUCAAGAGAGUGCCACAAAACUCGUAAGUGCCCCGGAGGAAUCUUUUUCACGAAAUAUGGUCGUGUAUUCAUCUGUGCCAUGUGAUGAACAACUAUCAGUUUCUGCUGGUAAUUUGUUGAUGAGUAGUGAACCGCUUAAUUCUCGUAAUGCAACUAAUAUGCCCUCUAGCAGCAAUUCUCAACAUCGAACUGGUCAAAGAGAAAACUUGCGCCAUAGAGAAAGGGGUAAGAUAUCAAGAGAAGAUAAUGAAUCUGAUGUAGAGGUUGGACCUUGGUCCAUGACUGUUUUCGAUAGAGAUUUGCGGACAAAAAAGUUAUAUAAUCGACAGUAUUCACAGGAGAAAAUGUUGGAAGAACAUGGUACUUCUGAAAGUAUUGAUGAACAAAUAGAGUACAGUCCGCGGCAAACCAAUCGAUUUAAGGCUGUUGUUACACCAACGCAUAACAAGCGUACAGCUCUUAAUUCUCCAAUUACAGCAGCACCUGGAGGGUCGCGGCAUAAGGAUCCGGAUUUUAGCAAAUCUACGAAGGACAGUGCUGAUGUCCAUAUGCCUAGUGUAAUUAUCAGGCCUGGGUCGCAAACUCUUAAGCCAACAAAUACUGCUCCACGUUCAGCCACUCACCAUGGUUUUCAAUCCCAAACUCUUUCAUCUUCAAAAAAAGUCAGGCAGCGUACAACUCCACCUUCAUCUCUAAACACAAGUCCUGUCAAACAAUCACCGAAUAAAUUUUCACAAAAGAUUCCGCCAUCUGUAGAGAGUAGAGACUACAGUGCAUCCAUGUCCUGCCUUAUGGAAACCAAGCCACAUUCAUAUGCUGCUCGCAGAAGACAAGCAUUGGGUGUUCCUCCUGCGACAAGCUUCAUGAUCAAUAAAGGUGAAAUUGUAGAAUCGAUGGAGAGUUCUGUUUAGAUUCGAUAGAACGGUUUUGUCAGCGUCCGAUAUCUAUAUAUAUAUACCAGCAUAUGUAUCUUGCCUGUGUAAUCAUAAAAGUAAUGUCCAUGAAAGUAAUCUUGAAUGUAUAAUGACUAUUGCCAUACUUCCUAUACCAUUUAUAUAUUCAACACAAGCAAGGAGUACAAAUGAAAUUUUAUCAGUGGUAAAUGUCUUGCACCCAUCUAUUUUUUAUACCACAUUACCAGCGUUUAUUUUCCAGAUCUGACUACGGUAAAGAGAUCCAGACAAAUAAGUAAAGUGUAGAAAUUAGAUAACUGUUCAAAUAUGUCGAAUAAAUUUGCCUCCAAUGACAAAUCAAAUCAUAAGAACCUAAAUUUUAGUAGUUGAUAGUGAUUCAUAAUUUGAUAUGAAGUCAAAUCUCACUAUAUGAUUUUGAUCUGUAAUUUGUAUAGAAAUUUUGCCUGCAGUUCAGAAUAUGAUAAUUUAACCAUAACUUGGGAUGUUCAAACGAUAUAUAUUUCAUAUUUGAUUGUAUUGUUAAAAUCACCCCAUACAUUAUAGUGAUUCAAACAACACAAAUUUAAUUCUUUAUAGAAGAUUAAAUGAUUAUUUUACAUGAACUCAUAAUGAUCCGUUUGAUUUAUGUUUAAAAUAAGCUUAUAGUGUUCCUAGAAAAUGUUAGUAUCUGUAGUUAGCCGUAUAAAGACAGUGUAUAUGUAAACUUAGCUUACCAAGCAUGCAAUAGUUAUAAAAGACAUUUUGUGUUGUGAGAUUAACAUUUCAGAUCAAAUUAUUUUCCAUUUAAUGUCCGUUAUGGUGAAGCAUGAUGAUAUCUAAGCUGAUAUUUAAGCUUUUAAAAUAUCCAGUUUAUCCAAUGCGCCAGCCAAGACAUACAAAAAAAAUCAUGUUUACUCAAGGUUAUAACUACAUGAAGAUAUUGCAAGCUUAUCAUUUUUAUCUUGUAUAAACAUAUGUUUUGUAAAUAGUCUCGUUUCAAUAAUGUUCUUAUUCUUUUUUAUAUAGCUAAUUCACUCUGGUACCUCAGCAUCUCGUUCAGCAGCAAUCCAGAAACAUACUUUACCAAAUUCAUGCCAAAAAUAUUCAUUUGCGAGCUUGUUCAUAUAUAUGGUGAAUCUAUGGUGUAUAGUACAUAAUAUUCUAAUAAAAUAGCUAAUUUUUCCGUAAGAAAAAUCUUUGCCAGUUACCCAGGAUCUGCAAUGUUGUCCACUUAUAUGCCCUGGAUUUCACUCAUUGCAUUGGAUAGCUUUUCUUGUAUGUGUUUUAUAGGGUUGGAAUUUUAUUUCAGACCACUAUCUUAAGAGGAAUACUGAUGACACACUGGUUUGGUUGACACAAUCAUUAUUAUUUUGCAAUUUUUUUUCGAGUGACCACUUUUAGUGCCAUUAUUUUAUUCCACUUGUUUUGCUGUAUUUUUUGUUUCGUACUUUAAUUUUUCAUCAAUAAUGAAGCCAACAAAACAAGAGUUCUACGUACUUAUAUCUGUACUGUGAUUUCAAUUAUGAUUUAUAUUUUUUUUUCGUUGCUUCUGUAUUAAAGAGAGUACUAUUCUUCACCUCCAUUAUUUUCACAUAUCGCAAUAUCACUUGUAAUUUUUUCUUGUAUAAUAGAUUGUUUAUUAAUUUGGAUUGUAUUAUUAUUGUCUUUUUCUACUGUCAGUAUUGGAAUGAUUAACAAUUAAUUUUUCAUCUCAGUCUGUUAAAAAAAUUCCCUAUCCCAGUUACCAAAUAAGUUUAUCUGGUAAAAUAUUCAAAAUGAUGGAUAAGUUCAUUGUUCAUUCAAUCGCUAUAGUGCUUUUUCUGAUGUGAUAUGAUAUAAUGUGGCAUAAGGCAUUUGUGCCUUCACUAUAUGGUUAAAUUACAUUCACCUUUAUCAAUUUGUCGUCUCGCAUUACCAUGACGAAAGGUUCUGCAAUAGUAACGUGUAGCAUUCAUUAUUUUCACAUUUUGCUUUUACUGUGAAUAUAGAAUUUAAUUCUUUUCUAUUGUGUAUCGUCCAGGCAUAAAUUUUAUAUAACCAAUACAGUAUUUGUUGGAACAUAAUUUUAACACGAUAUUGACCAGAAGGAAAA